AUAUUACUAGAUCUAGAUUCUAAUUUAGAUUUAGAUUCUAGAAUAUUCUAGAUCAAGACGUGAAAGAUCUAGAAUCUAGACCUAUAUUGACACUAGAUCUAUAGAUCUAAUACACAGAAUGGAAUUUGGUAAUGCUACUAAAGGAAACUAUGAUUAUAAUGGAAGUCUAAAAGAUUAUCUACUAGCUAAUCACAGACAAGAUGUUAUAAAGAUUCUUGAAGCCAGUGAUGAUGGAGAUUAUCAUAGUCUUACUGUCAACUCCCUAACUCUGUUUGAAGCCAACAUGGAGUUCUGUGAUUUACUAUUGACCCAACCACUUUCUUUCCUGAACAUGUUUGACAGAGCACUAGUAGAUGCAGAGAACAAAUUGAAACAAGAUCUAGUCAAAGAUGGAAAACAGUCUCAGCUGACUGUCAAGACUAAAGUCCACGUCCGUGUCAUGUCACUGCCACUGUGCCCAGAACUUAGUAGAACUACCCUACCUAAAACUGGGGACAUAGGAAAUUUCCUUUCUGUCACAGGUACAGUUAUUCGAACAACUCUCAUACGUGUUCUAGAACAUGAAAGAGAUUUUCUCUGCUCCAAAUGUCGAGCAGUGAACGUUGCCAAGGCAGACUUUGAGCAGUAUUACAGUCUUUGUAAACCUAAUGUCUGCACUAAUGAGGCCUGUGGCAGUAACAGUUUUAUCCCAUUGGAGGACUCGGCCUCAGGCCCUAGUAAGUGCAGAAACUAUCAGGAAAUUAAAAUUCAGGAGCAAGUACAGCGUUUGUCAAUGGGUACGAUCCCACGUUCUAUGUGGGUAGUUCUGGAAGAUGACCUUGUAGAUGGCUGUAAGGCAGGAGAUGAUGUCACUAUAUGUGGGACAGUUCGUCACAGGUGGAGACCAGCUGUACUUGACGCCAAAUGUGACGUGGAAAUUGUUCUCUACGCUAACCAUAUUCUGGUGACCAAUGAACAGAGAAACCAUGUGAUCAUUACCCAAGAGCUGAAAGAUGAAGUCAUUAAAUUUUGGGAUGAGCACAAGGACAGUCCUUUAAAUGGAAGAAACAAGAUACUGGCCAGUUUCUGUCCGCAAGUGUAUGGUUUAUAUGUUGUGAAAUUGGCAGUCACAGUAGUUCUGGCUGGCGGCGUGCAGAGGGUUGAUGAUGUUGGCUCUAAAGUCAGAGGAGAGAUUCACAUGCUGCUUGUUGGGGAUCCAGGCACAGGAAAAUCUCAAUUCCUAAAAUACGCCUCCAAAAUCAGGCCAAGGUCAGUUUUGACUACUGGAAUAGGAAGUACCAGUGCUGGGUUAACAGUAACUGCUGUUAAGGAUGGCGGGGAGUGGCAGCUGGAGGCUGGGGCCCUUGUAUUGGCUGACGGGGGUCUGUGCUGCAUCGAUGAGUUCAACUCCAUCAAAGAACAUGACAAGGCCAGUAUCCACGAGGCAAUGGAACAGCAGACCAUCAGUGUGGCCAAGGCAGGACUGGUUUGUAAACUGAACACAAGAACAACCAUCUUGGCUGCGACCAACCCGAAGGGACAUUAUGAUCCAAACGAGUCCCUGUGUGUUAACAUUGCUCUGGCCAGCCCACUGUUGUCCAGGUUUGACCUAGUUCUGGUUUUGUUGGACACUCACAACAACCACUGGGACCGUGUGGUGUCCACUUUCAUAUUGCAAGGAAAGCAUCCAAUGGACUGUGGUGAUGCCAGUGAUAUGUGGCCCAUGGAUAAGAUGCAAGCCUAUCUGACUCUGAUUAAAUCUAUUAACCCCCAGCUCACUCCAGAAUCUAGCCGUGUGCUUCAAGCUUAUUAUCGAGCCCAGAGAGCAGCUGAUGACAGAAAUGCUGCUAGAACAACCAUGAGGCUGCUGCAGAGCAUGAUACGCCUGGCUCAAGCUCAUGCCAGACUCAUGUUCAGAGAGACAGUGACUGUGCAGGAUGCUGUUGUGGCUGUCACCUUAAUGGAGUCAAGUAUGCAGGGUGCUGCAUUAUUGGGAGGUGUAAACAUUCUCCAUACAGCCUUCCCAGAAGAUGCAGACACAGAGUAUUUGGUGCAGGCUGAACUGAUUCUAAAAAGACUAGGUUUGGAGGACAUCUUACAACUAGAGCUUCAGAGUCAGAAUAAAAUGAAGGAACAAAGACAGAGAAAACAAAAAGAACUGAAGGCAUUAGAAAAAAUAAAUCCAGUGAAGAAUAUACAGCGCAUCACUUCACAGGAGGCCAUGCAUGGUCCAACUAAUGCUGACUUGUCUCCUCAACAGGAUGCCACUGGCAAAAAACUGCCGUCACAUAACCAAUUUCAUGUACCGCCUUCAGCCAGUGUUGAGUCCAAUCAGAUUGUAUCAUCUGUCCAAAUCCAACAUGAUCUUGCUGUCCAGGAAACAGAUGCCAACUCCCCAUCACAUUGUCCAGACAUCAACUUCAACUCUGAGUCUUUUAUACAGAGUACACCUUGUCAACCAGAUCAACCCAGAGCAAACCUAGAUCUCUCAAGUAUCCAAGGGAGGACAGAAUCCAUAAAAACCCAGCAGGUUGGAACCCAGCUUCACACCAACCGUGUAACCAUCCAGGAUUACAGAGGAAACAAGUAUGGGGCCAGCCAUUUGUUUGCUGUCAACCAAGAGGAUGACUGGUUGAAUGACCUCUCUCUUGAGGAGGAGCUAGCACACGAUACGUCAGAUGCUUCGUUCCUGACAAACUUGUUGAACAACAAAAGUCAGUUUCAUAAUGAUAAACAAAAUGUUGGCAUAACAUCUCAGCUUACAACAUCAACACAGCCUGUUGGAAGUGUAGCAAUAACAAAAGAUGCUGCUACAAUAGGUGCAGUGAUAAAAGAAAGAAUUCAGUUUAUGGAAGGUCGUGAAAAAUUAAAGCAGCAAGUUGACCAAGAGGAAAUGAACUUGUUAACAACUAAAAACCCAAAUAAACUCACCUACACAAAAACAAAUUCUAACUGUAUCAAAAAGUUAAACAAAAAGAAGUUGAAAAAGAAAAAAAAGAUUGUUAAAGGAAAAACAAAAGACAAUUUGGCAAGGAAAUCCAAAAUUAAAAGAAAUUGUCUUGACGAUAGCAAUGAAGUCACAGGAAAUAGUUCUUGUGACUUAGAGAAGGAUGAUGGGAUGCAGACAGCAGAAGACAAAGAUGUAUGUCCUGCUAAGCCAAAAAGUUUGUAUGAGGACAGUGAUGGUUGUAAGAGCACUGAACCUAAAACAAAACAAUCCACUAGGAAAAGGAAAAAGUCUGAUACCAGUGAAUGUGAUGAUUUUGAAAGUGUGCACCUUGCAGAGAGUUGUUCUAAGGAGAUCAGCUCUUGUGGAAACAAGAUGAAAACUUCUGACACUAGAAUUAAGACAAGAAAAGUGAAACAACAAAAUGAUAAGAAAAGAAGGAAACAAAUGGUGGCUGUUGAAUCUUGUUCUAUCCAUGAAGUUGAAAGCGUUGGGACCCAGCCUGAGUCUAGAACAAAAAACUUUGCUCAAAAGAUUUCUUCAUCAACUCUAAGUAAACUCUUGAAGUUUUCAUUCAGUUCUGAUACUGACCAGGACAUGUCAGUACAAACCCAGGGGUCAGUUGAUGAUGGCUUACCUAAAAACUGUGAACAGCCAACUCCUCUGCCUGUCAAUUGUGGAAGAAAGGCAUCUGCCAAAUUGCAGUCUCCCCUUAUUCAAAGCAGUGACAGCAAAAGAUCACCAGAUAAUCAAAACUCUCAGAAAGACUGUAGACCAAUUUCCAAAGAAAGCACAAAGGCUUUCUUGACUUCUUCAAAGGUAAUGUCUAAAUCACCUCCAUUGCUUUCCUCAGGGGAAUACAACUCUGCUAGUUCCAUGCAAGGUCUCAAUGUCACAGAUGGUCGUCCAUCUUCUGAUGAAAUUCACAUGAACGUAAAUCCUGUUGCCAAACUUGCUCAAUCAGGAAGCAGUUUUCUAGUUGCAGUACAAAGUAGAUGUAGCAAGAAUGAUGUCGACGAGGAAAGCAGAUCAACUCAAGUCAAGGGCACUGCCAAGCAACAAACCUCUGAAUCAAGCCUCAGUGGGCUAAGUAGUGAAAACAAUGUUGAGACCAGUCAGACCAAAGGGACACCAGAAUUUCUGUGCAGGUUCAAAUUUGAGAAGAAAACUCACAAAUCUGUUCAUUCUAACAUGUCCAGUGCAGUUGUUUCUGACCAUCCUUUAAACAUUGCCACUCAAGCAAAAAUAAAGAGUAAAAAUAAAUAUUCAACUGACCUACAAACUUCAUUGUCUAAGAUUGAAAAAAACUGGACUUCUUUAAUGGACAAAGGUCAGUCCAGAAAAUGUAUUUAUGGUAACCUGGAACUUGACAAUGAGGGUCAAAAUGGCCACACGUCUCAUCUCAGCCCUGGAGAAAAGACUUGCCUUGAAAGUAAAGAAGAAUACAAGCUUCAAACAUUUCAUCUACCUGAGUCACUGACCGAUGACUUGGACAGUAUUUUAGAUGAACAAAAUGACCAUUGGUCUCAUUAUUUCCCCACUACUACUACUACUAAUACUGCUUCUGACCAGUUUAGACCUUUGGUCACAGGAUUAACAAACUUUGCAACCUCCUCUGAAGUUAGCUGUGACAGCACUCAGCCAUUGAGGGACAAUAUCUCACUAACCAGGACAGCAGAGUUGGCCCCUGUAGCAAAUGCACUGAUCAACAUCAACCAACAUGAUGUAAAAACACCAACGCACAACAAUCAUCAAGUCGCUGAUACACAGAACAGCAUAGACUGGAGUGAUAUUAACCUGAGUCCUAAUCUCAGUCUUACAGUAGAAGAUAGUAACGAUACACAAAGCAGCAUAAAUCCCAGUCUUUGCAAUGACAGUCUUCCUGUUCCUGAUAAUUUUUUAUCUCAGUACAGGGAAGCCAUCAGGGCCACCCCAUCCCAGCUAAGCUGUGCCAGCCCAUACCAGCUAAGCAGUGCCUCAUUGUUUAGUGCAGCACAUUCCAUUCAAACUUCCCAGUGCAGCCAAACUGCCAUAAGUUCUACACCUCAGUCGAGUAUAACCCCUAGGACUACUUCACCCCAGUCCCACAAUGCCCCGGUGUCUCUUUCUCACCAGAAGGUCAAAUUCAAACAGUUCACUUUCACCAAGCUCAAAGAGUCAAGCCAUAAAACAUCAGCGGAGCCAUCGCUGGACAGUCAAAGAUCAAAAGUGAGCCAGGUUAUCAGGGAGACUCCCCUGUCAUCUUGCUUGACCUCCCGUCAGAACAAAACAGACAACCAAUUCCAAAAAGAACAUUCUUCAUCCCUGUACAGUGUAUCUUUGAACAGCUCACUCAGCCGUACAUCUGAUCGCACGAGGUCUGGUUCUACCAUUCAACCUUCACAACGUAAAGCAGCUUCUGGUCCCAACAACUGGGCAAAAGCUAUUUCUAAAACUCCUUCAAUAUUUUCAUCACAAGAUGAUAUGUUUGAUGAUGACAUAGACCAAUUAUUAAACUCGGACUUGUGAUGACCUAAACAUCAUGGUACCAGUAUGCGCUCUGGAGUGUUGACUUGAUGGUCUGUUUUAAAACCCUGCCUGCUGUCAGCCCUUGCCAUCUUGCGGGACCUUUUGGGCUGGCAUGCAAUAAUCUUCAAUUCUGAAGGAAUAUCCAAAACUUGUCAAACAAUUAAAAAAAUAUGAUGAA